CUCUCUCCCUCUCUCUCUCUCUUUCUCUCUCUCUGCAGCCCCCAAUGAGCCUUUACUGUGCAAAUUCGCUGACGGAGGGCAGAAGAAACGGCAGAGCCAGAGCAAGUACCCGCAGAACGGGCGGCCAUGGCACAGGGAAGGCGAGACUGGUAUGCAGUUAACAUAUGAUCCUGCAGCAAUGCAGAACGGGUUCUACUCCUCGCCUUACAGUAUCGCCACCAACCGCAUGAUCGCACAGACAUCCAUUACGCCCUUCAUCGCUGCUUCCCCCGUCUCCACAUAUCAGGUCCAGAGUACGUCAUGGAUGCCUCAUCAACAAUACGUUAUGCAACCCACAGGUGCAGUGAUCACCCCAGCCAUGGACCACACCAUGUCCAUGCAAUCUGCCAACAUGAUGGGCCCGCUCUCCCAGCAGAUGAACCAUCUGUCCCUGGGCACUACAGGAAGUUACAUGACUGCUGCGGCUGCCGGGGCGCCUAUGCAAGGGACCUACAUUCCUCAGUACACGCCUGUGCCUCAGACAGCCGUCCCUGUUGAAGGAGUGGUCACGGACGCCUCUCCUCAGUCAGUGGCCCCCUCGUCGCAUGACGUGAGUGGGCAGCAGCAGCAGAUCCAGGUGGACGGGUCCAGCGACCAUGUUGCUUACUCAUACCAGUCCAAAUAGCGACGGACGAGGAGAAUAUUCCUGUGACAGCGUUGCCUUGUGACAGGGGGGGUUGGCUGCACUGAGAAUGUGGAGAGAAGAGAGAUUGCUUCCAGAUUGCCCAGGCACCAAAAAAGAGACACUUUUUUUCAUUUCCUACCUGGCCUAAGAGAGAGGGAGAGAGGGAAAGGAGGGAGGGAGGGUGGGGUCGCUGGGCACAGUGCAAAGAGUUGAAAAUGUUUAGUCUGGCAACCUGCCUGGUGGGCUGGGCUUCAGCUUGACUUUCUCAACUGAAAAAAAUUAAAUAAAAAAAAUAGGGAAAUGUUGAAUGCGCAGGUAGGUAGGGGAUGAGUUUUAUUUUAUAUUUAGAAAAGGGGAAGUCAAAGUUUGAGAUACACAGAGAUUGUCUUCCUUAGAUAUUAAGCUAUGAUUUCUUUUCACUUUUUUUUUCUUCUCUUGUUUAAAUUUGAGUUUUCUAGAUAUAUUCGAAAUAAGUGUUUUUCUUUCUUGAAUCUUCAUGGCCUUAAUUUUAAGGGCGUCAGAGGACUUUUUACAGAGAGUAAAGUCUGGCGUCUCGUUGAAAGUAAAAAGCGAUCUGAAUCAGUCUCUUGGACCACUUUGAUGGUACAUGAUACUGCAGGGGUUGAGCUAAGAGACAUUAAAAACAAAAUCUAUCACAUAAGCUGUACAGAUUUAAUAGACAAGAGUUUUUUUUCGUUUUUUUUCUUCGUUAGAAGAAAACUUUGAUAAAUAAUUAUGUCAGAGGUUACUAAAUCUAAGAGAGAAAAAAGUAAAUGUCUGCUGAGGAAAAGAGUGGGAAAAGAUAAAAGCUUUGAGGAGAUUUUUCACAAUGAGGGACAAAAAGACACUGCGUUGUGGAAAAUGCAGUCUGUUGCAAAUGCUGAACUUGUUUUUAUUAUCAGAAUUAUUAUUUUACAUGGCAAAAUCGCUGUUGAUGACAUUAGCGCUUUUACCUGCUACAUUUGACCUUUUUUAUGAGCUUGAUGGUGUUUUUAGCCCGCUUUGCUUGUCACACUAUAAAAAAAAAAAGAACAAAGAAAAGAAAGAAAAAAAUAUCUAAAACAAACAUAAAACGGUAGAAAAAAAAUUUGCGCAGUGAUAAACUUCGUAGAUUGAGUAGGAGCUUACGGUUUAAACCAAUCAGUGCAAAAGCAAUAGAAGAAACUGUUGACAAUUUCUGUAGUCUUUCCUAGUUGUGGAUCAAAUGCAGCCCAAGGAUGGCCAUUUUUAUACCAAAGAUGAAGUGACACUCUGAUCCAGAGUUUUCUUUUUCAGUUUUGUUGAUGUUGUUGAUGUUAUUGUUGAUAUUGUUGUUGUUGCUGUUGUUUUUAAAUUUGACCUUGAUGGCCGAACCAGUCCGUACUUUUCCUUUCAUUACAAUGACAUGUUUUGGCUAACGCUACCUUCCACGGUUGUCGAACCUAUCACACUGACGUCAAAACGGUAUUUGAACGUAUGAUGCAACUAGUGGCAGUUCGACCUAACGUCCCUCUCUACCACUUAAAUUGUCUUUCCGUCUCUCAUCUGUCGUGUUCCACUCUUUCGCCAACUAUGGGGGCGUUCCACCGGUCAACAAAUAAACAAUACACGAUAGGAAAUAUUGGGGAAUGUUGCAGCUCGCUCCUCGGCCAUUGAUGCAUCGCUUCUGUCUUUGCCGGCUCACUGGUUUCUGCCUCGGCGCUGUCUCUCUAUCUCAUUGAAUCAAUGACAACUGAACGAAACGGAUACAUUUUCUCCCCUCCCCGGGAGUCUCAUCGACGUUACCCUGCAUAUUUUUGUUCCCCCUCUCUCUCCAGUCAUCCAGACAACACAUAAAACUCUCCGGCACAUUUCUGUCUGCGUGGACGUAAAACAUGUCCUGCUAGCCCAGGCACUAUGUACUUAGGAGGACAGGAACUUAAAUUCAAGACGUUACCAUUGACACGUUAACCUCUGGUGUGCUUCGGUGUUUCAUAUAUCUCUGAACUCCAAACAUACAGAACGAACACAUGGACGCAUACAGUAGUGUUAUCUGCUUUAGCAAACAUUAUCACUCUUGAAGAUCCAUAUUUAUGGGCUGGAUAAACACUACUGUACUCAGACCUAUAAGGGGCUAUUUUCCAGACAGAAUAGUGCACUACAGUAAUGUUGACAGUAACCUUUCAGCCAAGCCUAAAAAGCCUGUCUUCUCAGCCUCUAGACUCAAUAGCCUGUAAACAUCUCUGCCUCACCCCUUUUCAGCCGUCCAUCAAACCCCUAUCCAUUGCCAUUUGAGAUUUUUUGGGGAUGAUUUCAUCUCUGGAGAUUUGUCGCGUAAUAAAUGGCGUGCGGCUGUGGGAUGGCAGGCACGCCAUCCCCAUUACACUACCCUGGGUCUGGAGCGCUGUGUGUGUCUAUCCCCAUUACACUACCCUGUGUCUGGAGCGCUGUGUGUCCCUAUCCCCAUUACACUACCCUGUGUCUGGAGCGCUGUGUGUCUCUAUCCCCAUUACACUACCCUGGGUCUGGAGCGCUGUGUGUCUCUAUCCCCAUUACACUACCCUGUGUCUGGAGCGCUGUGUGUCUCUAUCCCCAUUACACUACCCUGGGUCUGGAGCGCUGUGUGUCUCUAUCCCCAUUACACUACCCUGUGUCUGGAGCGCUGUGUGUCUCUAUCCCCAUUACACUACCCUGGGUCUGGAGCGCUGAGUGUCUCUAUCCCCAUUACACUACCCUGUGUCUGGAGCGCUGUGUGUCUCUAUCCCCAUUACACUACCCUGUGUCUGGAGCGCUGUGUGUCUCUAUCCCCAUUACACUACCCUGUGUCUGGAGCGCUGUGUGUCUCUAAUCCCCAUUACAGUACCCUGUGUCUGGAGCGCUGUGUGUCUCUAUCCCCAUUACACUACCCUGUGUCUGGAGCGCUGUGUGUCUCUAUCCCCAUUACACUACCCUGUGUCUGGAGCGCUGUGUGUCUCUAUCCCCAUUACACUACCCUGUGUCUGGAGCGCUGUGUGUCUCUAUCCCCAUUACAGUACCCUGUGUCUGGAGCGCUGUGUGUCUCUAUCCCCAUUACACUACCCUGUGUCUGGAGCGCUGUGUGUCUCUAUCCCCAUUACACUACCCUGUGUCUGGAGCGCUGUGUGUCUCUAUCCCCAUUACAGUACCCUGUGUCUGGAGCGCUGUGUGUGUCUAUCCCCAUUACACUACCCUGUGUCUGGAGCGCUGUGUGUCUCUAUCCCCAUUACACUACCCUGUGUCUGGAGCGCUGUGUGUCUCUAUCCCCAUUACACUACCCUGUGUCUGGAGCGCUGUGUGUCUCUAUCCCCAUUACACUACCCUGUGUCUGGAGCGCUGUGUGUCUCUAUCCCCAUUACACUACCCUGUGUCUGGAGCGCUGUGUGUCUCUAUCCCCAUUACACUACCCUGGGUCUGGAGCGCUGUGUGUCUCUAUCCCCAUUACACUACCCUGUGUCUGGAGCGCUGUGUGUCUCUAUCCCCAUUACACUACCCUGGGUCUGGAGCGCUGUGUGUCUCUAUCCCCAUUACACUACCCUGGGUCUGGAGCGCUGUGUGUCUCUAAUCCCCAUUACAGUACCCUGUGUCUGGAGCGCUGUGUGUCUCUAUCCCCAUUACACUACCCUGUGUCUGGAGCGCUGUGUGUCUCUAUCCCCAUUACACUACCCUGUGUCUGGAGCGCUGUGUGUCUCUAUCCCCAUUACACUACCCUGUGUCUGGAGCGCUGUGUGUCUUUAUCCCCAUUACACUACCCUGUGUCUGAAAUGGGACCUUAUUCCCUAUAUAGUGCACUACCUUUGACCAGGCACUGCAUCUCAGUGCAAAAGGCAUCACUACAGUCCCUGGUUCGAAUCCAGGCUAUAUCACAUCCGGCCAUGAUUGGGAGUCCCAUAGGGCGGCGCACAAUUGUCCCAGCGUCGUCCGGGUUUGGCCCGGGGCAGGCCGUCAUUGUAAAUAAGAAUUUGUUCUCAACCGACUUGCCUAGUUAAAUAAGCGUUAAAUAAAUAGGGCUCUGGUCAUAAAAUAGGGCUCUAUGUUAAGAAUAGGGUUCCAAACCUCCUCUGUGUCCCUGCCUGCCUGCUCGGGGUGGUGCUAGAGCCAUAAAAAGGCGCCACUAAUCUGACCAGGCUUCAGUCUCUCUCUUCUCUUACUCUGUGAGGUUUUCCCUCUUUAUUGGACAGUGCAGGAGCUGAACCACAAAACCAAUUUUAGUCACAUUCUCAAUGAGCCUUGACGGGGCCCAAUUUGUCUCCCCUCGGGGCAUUGGGAUCCGCUCCAGUGUCCCUCAAAGGGAUUUUUGGUGUUCUUUUUUUUCGUUAACAAUUGCACGUAUUGAGAUCCAGCAGCUCAUGUGACUCAAAGGCAGGCUGUGCAUUGCGUUCUGGGAAAGAUGACAUCGCCCACAGAAAUGUCUGUAACAAUGUAAUUGUUUAUCGAGUGCCUUUUAACGAAGCUUCCAAAUGAUUCCAAUAUCUACAGGAUAGAAAAAAAGCACACGGAAAAGCUAUCUUAUAUAAGGGAACCCGUACAUUUUUGAAGGAGCUGUGCUAAUGAAAAUACCGGUACAAAUGUACAACCUACUCUAAAGGUGCUGCAGUGAAAGCUGUCUUGGGCAUGUGCCUGCUUUGUGUCCAUUGGUCUGUGACGUACUGGCUAUUUUUUGAUCAACAUUCAUUUACUACAGUGGCUCAUUCCAUUGGGUUGUGUUCUUCACAACCAAGAGAAAACGGGCACAUCGUGAACUACGUAGUCUACAUUAGUGAGCUGCCAUCAUAGCCACCGUAACACAGGCAAUGCAAUCGGAGAAAAUAUAACCGUUCGACAAUCUGUUGUCCCGUAAAACAUUCAACCCACAUGUCUUCCAUCCAAUGACAAGUCAAUGAUCAAAUGUUACUGUACCAAUCUACCAACACCAGAGCUGCUCACUGUCCCCAAACACCUCUCUUUCCUCUUACCCUGUCACUUCCCCCUCGUCUUUUGUUUUUACUUACCGAGUACAGAAAACUUUGAGAUCUCAAGAUACAUGCGCAACGUCACCCACUUUACAAUUUCCAACAGUCGAACAAACCCAAAACGUCUGUACCCUUUUCACACCAGUGACAACAACCGUCUACAUUUCUGCACGUCUCUCUGGGUAAUAAUUGUUUUUGCUGCGUUUUUUUUCUUCUUCUCCUGCCACGCGUGAGCAGGCUAGCUGCUACAGUAUGAGGUGUCCAGAUCUUAAGCUAGGCCGUCGGUCGGGGUCGACGUUUGCUCCUCAACCUCCAUGGUGUUCAACCCGUACCUGAAACGAUGCGCUCUACACCACAGACCACUCUUACAGCUGCUACUUUAAGAGACCGACUAAGGAAGAAACCUUUGAUUAACCGUAGGGAUCUGACCGCACUCACCUUUUGAUCACAAAGAUCAACGCGCGACACAUAUUGUCACCGUCUAAGAUUCAAUAGCAAUGACAUACAAGGGAAAUUAGGCGACAAAUAGAAAUUACCCCCCAAAAAGCACACAACAGAGCCGUAUACGCUCCAAAUUGCUACCUGAAAUUCAAGAAAGACAAAACAUUGAAGUGAGAGGUUUCCCUCGAUCGCGUAAGAGCGACAUCGAUGAGGUCAUUACGUCAUUAGAAAUGGCAGUAUCAAGACUGACUGAACUCCUCUCUUAUUCUACGCUAGUUGUAGCACAAUGGCCUGGUAAAAUGUCUGUUAAAAAUGUACAGUGAUUCUCGCUGCGGUUAAAGAUCUAGCUAGCUAGCCUGUGUGUCAGAACAAACCAGCCAGAGAGGGUCAUUAGCUCCUGUUGCCAGGCAGAAGUUGUCGAAGCGCUGUGUUGUGCACCCUGUUACUAAUUGGUGGCUAUGUUCUACAUCCGCUGACACGCACACACGCACUAUUGCCAGACAUUUCUGAGUAUUACACACACACACAGUGUUUCAGUCAGUGUGUUAGUCUUCUCAUUAUCUCUUCAUCAGAAUGAGGUUCUAACUGGGCGACUAUACCUCUGCUUUCCGUUGCUUACCAUCAUAGAGUCUCAGUUACCUAGGCUCUAUUAGGCCAACUUCCACCUAAGUCAAACGUUCACUUUCUCUCCCAUUGACGUCAAUGCAUCACUAACUUAAACAUUGACUUUAGUGGAAGUUAGGAUUCGCCCCUAUGUCUUUGGUAUCAGAACAGUAGUGUUCAGUUUCAGUCUACAGUAUCUAUCCAGGCUGGGCAACAGAGCUGCUUCAGUUCACUGCCUUUUCUUUACGCCGUCCACUUCUCCAAUCCGUCCCAUGCUGUGUCUGUCUCACUGCCUCCGUCCAGAUAUCAAGCCAGUCAGUCAUAUCUAUCUACCAUAUUUCUAUCGUCCUAGGAACACAUUCACCACAAUGGCAUUCCAAGUUGUUCAAUGUCAUACCCCAUUGUCAUAGGCUUCUUGUGAUUUCCCCCAUUGUGACUAGACAGUGGUUUAGAGAAGACUGGCCCUGUGUCCAAAAUGGACCCUAUUUCUAUAUAGGGGAUACUGUGUCCUAUAUUGGCACCCUAUUCCCCAUACAGUGCACAACUGGACUGUAUUAUGACAGACGGUGCCUCAGAGUUGGGCCUCCCGCAGUGAAGUGUGACAGGAGAGCUCCUGGCUCGAUAUAACUCAACACUCUUUCAGCUCUUACCACCAUGUAAUUCAGUGGGGAAAUUGCUCCCCCCCCCCCCAAAAAAAAUGUGGCCCACGCUUUUUAAUUGAUGCUCCGGUUCACCUUUGACGAGAGGCAUCGAUUGGACACACAUCCCCAGGAGCUCAGCCAACUGGCUAACCUAACACACACCUGCCUCAGAAUGAAAUGGCUCCCAGAGACGUCAAACGCUAUUGAGUAACUAUCAUUAGAAAUGGCCAACCAAAUUUGCUGAAGAAACAUCCAGAACUUUCAUUAAGCGUCAGGAUUAUUAUACAAUAAAAUAAAAAAAGAGGAAUAUUUAUUAGGACAGCAAAGCGGUUCUUAGAUAUUAUUUGUUUAGUUCUGUUUUUUGUUGUUUUUCUAUUUUUGCUUUUCUUUGGGUCAGCGCAGAGGAGGAUGUGGUCAUGCCUUAUGCACGCCACUCGGUGUGUGUGAUCCUUGAUAAAUAUCUGUACAUCUGUGGAUGUUAGGAUUAAACUUUGGUUUUAAUGAGUUGUUUUUUUUCUCUGAUGAAGCUUUCAAUAAAAAAAUGUGGGGGGAAAAAUCUCAAA